UCUAUAUAGUUAUCUUAUUGUAACGAAACACUGCAAGGGUGAAGUGUAUUAUAACUAUACAGAUUUCUUCGCACAGCUUCCAGCACUUUCUUACCAAAGCGUCAACUUCAGGAUGGAAAUCGUUUGCAACACCAACAAGGUAUUGGGAAUGGGAAGUAUCGCUAAUUGCUAUAAGGGUGUCUGGCGUCGACAACAAGUUGCAGUGAAACGAUUUUUGCUUCACGACGCAUGCAUCUACGAAGAAGACGAUUGGCGUAAGCUCGAUCAUGAAAACGUCAUUAAACUUCUUUACGCUGAAAGCAACUCCGACUUCAGGUAUUACGCAAUGGAAUUGUGCCAAGCGUCACUGGACAAAUUAUUCUUGAAUGAUGGGGAUCCGCAAAAAUACUGUGGACCGAUGCCACCACGAGAAGAUGUUCUUCAUCAACUUGCAGUUGGACUCGAGUACAUUCAUUCAAACGAACUGAUCCAUGGCAACAUAAAGCCUGCAAAUGUACUCAUUUGGGUGGAUUCAAACAGUUCUCCUGAUGACAGAAAAGUCUUGAUGAAAUGGGCAGAUUUCAAACUGAGUACACUAAAUCACGAAAUUAAAGGUAGUACUCUAAGCGAAAGAGCCUUCGAAUGGUUAGCACCCGAAAUAUCGGAAAUGCUAGGCAUUGAAGAAACGGAAGAAUUUGAAUUAAGCGGAGCAACAUCAUCGCGACUUAAAGUAACAACCAAAAGCGACGUCUUUGCAGCAGGACUCGUCUUCGGUUACUUUCUAUUAAAGACGGUCGCCAUCUAUAUGGUUCUGUUAGUAGGGAUAUUAUAAUUAAUAUUAAUAAACAAAACCCCGUCAAUCUAAAAGAAAUACGGUCGAAAAAUGCUCGCUACCUGAUUCUAGACAUGUUAGAAGGCGAACCCGAGAACAGAAUCCCAUCUUCGAGGGUCGUUAUUAAAAUCGAGGCUACUAGACGGAACACAACACCAGAAGAAGAAGAUAUUCGUUAUUCGACUGACAGCUUGUCUUACGACACCAAAAAAGAAAGCACUGCAUCAUCGACCGACUUUAAAGGAACAGCGGAAAUGACAACUUCGCUAGAUACAGCAGAAAAACAAAAACGAUUUUACUGUCUAUGUGCAGCAGAAAAACAAAAACGAUUUUACUGUCUAUGUGCAGCCGAAACCUAUCCAAGUUUAAAAGAAAUCAAAGAUUUAAUAGGAGUCGUCGAUGUCAACUGCAUUAAUUACCAAGAAUUGACACCACUCCUUCAGCUAGGGCAAAGCAAAACUAAUGCCAAAGACAACUUGCAGCAAAUUUUUCACAUAUUGAUCAAAAAAGGAGCUGACAUUAAUUUCAAAGACAAACGCGGCAACAACGUACUUCUUUUACUGUGCCAAAAGUAUCGGGGUAACAAUCUAUAUGAUCUGAUCAAUCUUUUAAUUCUCUACCGUAUCGAAAUUACGUGUAAAGCUGUUAACGGAUGGGAUGCUUUACUUUUGUUGUGCGAAAAUUAUCAAAACGACGAUUUAAUUGACAUAAUUCAGCUUUUAAUUAAAAACGGAAUGAAAGUUGAAUCAAGUAAAAACGAUAUCGGAAACAAUGCCCUGCUACUGUUGUGCCAACAUUAUCGAAACAAUAAUUUAUUCGAACUCGUGAACCUCUUCAUUGAAUGCGGGAUCGAAGCCAAUUACAAAAACAAUUUUGGAUGGAAUGCUCUUCACUUUCUAUGCCAAAAUGAUCAAAUCAAAAAUUUCAUCGGCGUCAUCAAGUUGUUAAUUCGCAACGGAAUCGACAUUAAUUCGAAAACAUCCAGCGGAGAAAAUGCUCUUUUUUAUCUUUUACAAAAUUACAUGGAAGAUUCUUUAUUGGAUGAACCCCUAAGACUUUUGAUUCGCUAUGGAAUUCAAUUUCGCUGUGAACGUCGAGUGAACGAAUACUACAAAAUGUUACAAAAACGCGGAAUAGAAGAUCGAAAUGGCGGGCUGGAAAUAUUGAAAUACAUGGCGGAAGAAGAUUUAACUUUAGGAUGGCAUUCUCACUGUAAAAUUUGUGAAGACAUACUGUCCAUCGAGGAUACUUCUAGAAGGCAUUUGCAACAUCACUACAUGUUUGGCAACACCCGAAUCACAUUCCAACUUGUUUUAGAGGAAUUUACAAAAUCGGAUAAAUCACUGGACGUACGCAACGCAACAGAAUGGCUACUUAAAAAGUCCCAAGAGGAGAGCACCAAAGAAGAUUCGGAAGAUUUUCAAACAAUGGCAAAAUUAAGUGAACAAGUCAAACGAGGAGGAAAUUCGACUCUUUUCGAAUGCAAUCAGUACGAAGACUACUUAAGAUGCUUGCAUCGUAUGGCGAAGAAAAUCGAGGCUGUAGAAUCCAUGAAACAAAUCAAAUUUUUCUAUUUACUUCCGUUCGAUUUCCCUUUCAUUCCUGAUCCUGUCGAGAAAGCGAGUGAUCAACUGAAAGAAAUAUGGACAAUAAAAAUGGAAUGGGAUAAAACGCUUUACAACUGGAUGCAUCGGGAAGGUGACGAAGAUUUCGGAAAAUCUUUGCAGGAAGAUGCAAACAGGUUUUGCUCUGCAUUUAAAAAUGUCAAAUUGAAUUGUCACCAGUAACAACCGAUAUUAAUUCUGUGCAGAAAUCUUAUGUAGACGAAUUGUGAGCAUUU